AUGUGUGCGGUCCGAUUGGCUGGCUCGUUCAAAUCUUCGAAGUCGCGUGGGACUAACAGGUGUCUAUUCGUUAUCGCUGCCUAUGCACCGACAAACUGUAGCGAUGACUCGGUAAAGGACGACUUCUAUCGCCAACUGAACGAACUGCCUCGCCACAGAAGAAGCUCGGACACUGUAGUGCUGUCCAGGGAUCUGAACGCUCAAGUUGGAAAAUUAUCCACAGAUGGGCUGCAUCUGGACGGCCAACAUGGUAUAGGCUCCCGCACUGAUAACGAUUUCUCGCCGACCACUGAUCGCCCCUCUCCGUGGGCUGUUCCUUUGGAUCCGCCCUCUCGCUCAGAAGCCGAACAUGAGAUCGGACCGUUGAAGUUGAACAAAGCCGCGGGACCUGAUGACCUUCCUCCAGCCCUCUUCAAAUUCGGGGGACCUGCUCUUGUGGAUGGUUUACACGAGUUACUAGUGAGACUGUGGGAGCAGGAGACUGUCCCAACCGAUUGGAGCCGCUCCGUCAUAGUCACAAUUUUCAAGGGAGCCUCACGAUCGGAAUGCGGCAGCCAUAGAGGAAUCAGUCUGAUCUCCAUCGCCUCCAAAUUGCUUGCCUCUGUCAUCCUUCGCAGACUGACUGGCACUCGUGAAAUCCAGAUUCGCCAAGAGCAAGCUGGAUUUCGUCGAGGUCGUGGCUGCAUUGACCACAUCUUCACUUUGCGUCAGUUGUUGGAGCACCGUCACAUAUAUUGGCGGCCCACCGUUGUCGUGUUCUUCGAUAUCAAAUGUGCAUUCGAUUCGGUGGAAAGACAUGCACUUUGGGGCUGUCUACUCAGGAAAGGUGUACCUGAGAAAUAUGUGAAUAUUAUCCGAGCAUUAUAUGCGCGUAGCUCGGGCAGAGUGAGGGCUUACGGCAAGUUGUCUUCGCCCUUUAAUAUCUCCAGCGGCGUGAGACAAGGAUUCCCGCUGUCACCUUUCCUCUUCAACUUCGCUAUUGACGAAGUCAUAGAAAUCGCGUUUACAGGACACGACUUAGAAGGUGUGGAUCUGCUCCCAGGAGAAUGA